UCCUGUGGGUAGCUGAGGGACGUGACCGGUUGAGAGAUGGAAGAGAAGAAGAAGAAGAGGAGCCCCAAGGCCCACCUGGCUCAGCCAAUGCCCUCCAGCGCUUUGCGCAAGCUGCCGGUCCCUGCCAGCAAGAGCACUUCCUUCUCCCUGGGGAUGCCUCACCUCCCAUCACCGAAGCAAAGAUCCAAGUUCAAGAGAGCGAACAAAGAGAAGCCCCGAGCCCCCCAGCCUGCAGGCAGCACGGGGACCACGGUAGCUGCCCCUCUGCAGCACUCUUUCCUGACGGACGUCUCGGAUGUGUACGAAAUGGAGGGAGGGCUCUUGAACCUGCUGAAUGACUUCCAUUCUGGGAAGCUGCAGGCUUUCGGAAAGGAAUGUUCCUUCGAACAAUUAGAGCACGUUCGGGAGAUGCAGGAGAAGUUGGCCCGUCUGCACUUCAGCUUGGAUGUCUACGUGGAGGAGCUCUCUGAGGACCAGAAGAAAACUGUGGCCGACAGGAAUCUGGAUCAGCUACUGACAAACUUGGAAGAGCUCAGCAACUCCAUCCAAAAGCUGCACUUGGCAGAAAACCCUGACCUGGAAGAUGCCUCCACAGCCUAGAGGAAGCGAAGCAGCAGCCCGAGUCGUCUCUCGAGCAGAGUGGGAACCCUUGGCAGAGGAACAGCAGGCCUGAGAGAGGA